AUGCAUCGAUUUCAUUCGACGCCACUUUCUUCUCACAACCACAACCACAACACCAGUGGCACCUAUGUUAACCCUCCUAUCAGUGAUUUUGCUUUUGAAAUUGAGCAACGUUUGAGACAUCAAGAACAGGAACAAAUUCAUCCGUUCCGAUCCGGACAAGUCAUUCCGUUUCAAUCUUUGAAUUAUGAAUUCCGAGUGGAGUCAUUGGAAGAAUUAUUGAGAGAGGGAGAAAAGAUUAUAAAUCCCAUUCUUCGUAUGAAUUUAUUUGAUAGACCCCAAAUGACAAGUGGCAUUUCAUAUACAAAUCCAACGCUAACGAAUACACAUGUCAUUCAUAAUCAAGCAAGCUCUCUAACCAACUUUUCAAAUCGCACCAACUUGUGUUAUCCAUCCAACAUGACACCAAACAACACGACCAUAGACACGAGUCAUCGAAUUCCAGUUCAAUUAAUUUUACACGAUUUUGACAAAAUUAAUCCUUCACUCCAUCCUCUUUCACAACUAGACAAAAAACUCAAUCUCAAAUUUCAAAAUCAAAUUCGUGGAUUUGUAAAAUGGUUUUCACGACGAGAGGAACACAUUCGAAAAUUACCAACAUCCACACCAUCAAGCAGUGCCAUGAUUCCAAUUGAAUUUCUCAAUGAUCGUGCGGUGGUAGAGAAUUUUAUUGAGAUUGCUUCUCGAGCCAAUAUUUCACUUCAAGAAAUGAAAUUUCCUCAUUGGAUUUGUCGACCCAUUGAUCCACAUUUUAUUCCACACGAGUUACAACAUGAUAAGAAUUUUUUCUUGAAAGCCAUUGACUUGAAUCAAGGAGUUUCAAUUUGGAAAAUUGUUCCAUCCAAACUCAAAUCAGAUCCAGACAUGAGGGAUGGAAUGGUUAAAAAAUUAAUUUCAAAUGGUGAAUCGCUGGCUCUCGAAUUUGCCUCUUCCAAUUUGAAAGAUGACACUCAUUGGGUGAUGGAAGCACUCAAACGUGGAUGUGGUUCAUGUUUACAAUUUGCUUCUGAUCGAUUGAAAGAUUCACUUCCUCACGUGUUGCAAUCCCUUCCACGAGGACUUGUAUUUGCCAAUGCACGAUUUCGACAAGAUCCUUCGUUGGCUUUAGAAAUCGUGAGAAAAAAUGGACUUUGUUUGGAAUUCAUGUCAAAUGAAUUGAAAUCGAAUCGAGAGGUGGUCAUGGAUGCUAUUUCUCAAAAUGGAAAUGCUCUUAAAUUUGCAUCUGAGGAGUUGAGAGAUGAUACUAAAAUUGUGGAUUUAGCUUUGGAUUAUGAUUUGGAGUGUAUUCGAUUUGCUUCACAGAAUGUUCUUUCGUGUAAGAGUUACAUGAUGGAUGUGAUAUCGGAAAAUGGUUUUCUUUUGGAAUAUGCUUCUGACAAUUUGAAAGCAGAUGAACAAAUUAUUGAAAAGGCAUUUCUACAAGAGCCACAAAGUAUUGAAUUUGCUUCUAUCGAGUUUUUGAUGGAAAACAAGCAUUUCCUGUUGAAUAUUUUGAAACAAGAUGUCAAAAACCGUGCGUUGGACACUUUAAUGUUGAAUCAUGAAUUUAAAUCGAUCUUUCGAGACAAGGAAUUUAUAAUGGAAUGGUUAAAAGUGAGAGGGGAUAUUUUCAAAAAUAAGCAUUUUCCUCGUGCUCUGUACAGAAACGAUAAGGACGUUGCGUUGACUGCCCUCAUUUCAAAUAGAGAAAAUGUUGAUUACAUAGAUACAAUUUUAUUACAAGAUGAAAAUUUUAUCAAUGAAUGUGUCAAGCAUGGAGUGUUUUGCACUAAUUUUUUACAGAGUCAUAUUGAUAAUGCUCUCUCACGUUUUGAACAGUGGAAACAAGCGCGCUUAGAGGCAGAGUAUUUUGGAUGUGACAUUCCCUCUCAUUUCACAAUUUCUAAACCACUUCCAAUGUUGAACACGGUUCAUAAGUGGAUUUUUAACAAAAAGAGUAGUACUUUGGAUGAGUUUGACAGGUGGCUGUAA